CGGUAUCAGAUAUACCCAUAUUAAAGAAUGUUUGCUGAUUUCAAAGCUACCCCAUAUGAUUUUACUGACACCAUCUACAUGCUUUUUUCAAAGCACUUAUGGAAAUUUCAUAUGAUGGGUAGGUAAUCAACUAGGAUGUUGGAUCUCACUCAAUCUACUUCACAUGCAUUUUUUUCAUUCAAUUAUCUAGGUUUGUGUGCACUGAUAUUUAAAGUGCUGUAAAGACUAAAGUCUGAGAACAUGCAUGUUUUUGGUCUUUGCAAUGACUACUUGAGCCUAUAACAAGUUAGUAUUUCUAUUACAAGUUCUGCAAAUUGUUCCUCCUUUUUCAGACAAGUUUAAUGUUUAAGUUUGCACCAAACCAUCACUUAAAUCAUUUAAAUGCCGGUUUGCAAACCAAAAUGUAAGUUGCAUAAGAGAGGAUUCUAUUGAAAACAAAUUCAGAUUACAGAAACUGUGACAUUGUGAAAUGGCCAAGAAGGGUUGGUUUAGCAGGAUAGAGAGAAUCUUUACACAUUCCACUCAAGAGAAGAAGGAGAAAAGAAGAAAGUGGGUGUUUGGGAGGCUAAAGAACAAGAGACUUUCUUUAAUUGAAGCACCGCCGCCAUUAAAAGAAACACGGUUAAGUGAAGCUGAAGAAGAACACAACAGGCAUGCUUUAACAAUAGCUAUUGCUUCGGCUGAAACUGCUCUAACUGCUGCUCAGGUUGCAGUUGAGGUUGUUAAGUUCCAAUCUGUUCACCAAUGUAAAGGUAAACUAGAAGAAGUUAAACAUGUCAAAACUAAGUAUGAUGCUUCUAUAUUAACACAUAAAUGCAAGAAGAAGAUUGAAGAAUCUGCAGCCAUCAAAAUUCAAACAACAUUUAGAGGUUACCUUGCAAGGAAAGCUUUGAAGGCAUUGAAGGGAAUUGUGAAGCUUCAAGCUAUCAUUCGUGGCAAAGCUGUAAGACGACAAGCUAUGAAUACUCUGAAGUGCUUACAAUCCAUUGUGAGUAUCCAGUCACAGGUCAUUGCAGGGAAACUCCAGAAUGUUGAAGGAAGACGAGAUUGUGGUGAAUAUGAAGAGAUGCAAGAAUCAAGAGACAAGAUCAUAAGGAUGGACUCAAACAGCGAAAGAAAGUGGGAUCACAACAUUUUAAUGAAGAAAGAGGUAGAUUCCUCUGGCAUAAGCAAGAAAGAAGCUGCUACUAUGAAAGAAAAAGUAAAAGAAUACUCAUAUAACCAUAGGAAAUCGGCUGAAUCAGACAGAAAGAAAAUAAAUGGAAGAUGGAGGUACUGGAUGGAGCAGAGGGUAGACAUGCAACAUUCUAAGAGUAAAGAACUUGAAGAUUUAGACUCAGUUUUCAGCUCGCAUUGUAGAGCAGUAGAAGAUUGUGGAAGAAGACACCUAAAGCUUAGACAUAUUCAGAAACAAAAUGAAGAUGAAGGAUUAGAUUCACCGAUACUAUCUUCAAGAAACUCUUUUCCUCAAAGUUCAGAGAGAGAAGAUUACUCAUUUCCAAGAUCACCUGCAAUUCCAACAUACAUGGCUGCAACAAAAUCAACACAGGCAAAAGUAAGAUCAACGAGUACCCCAAAAACAAGGAUAGGAGGGAAUUGGGACAUAAACUAUGAUUGCUAUUCACCGUGCAAAUCUCCUAGCUUAAAAGGCCUCUCAAGGCCUUGAAAAAUUAAGCGAAGAAGAGUAUGAAGGAUUUCUGUAAUAU